AACAUCGGCAUUCUCAAUAAUAUCUGUCGACGCAAUGUCCCGGCCGGUGCUCUCCACCCACGUGCUCGAUACAUCCAGUGGGAGCCCAGCGGUGGGCUUGUUCGUGGACUUGUACAAGAAACGCGACGAGUCAUGGACUCUGUGGCACAGUACAACGACAUCUGGUGACGGCCGGGUGCAGUUUCCUUUCUCGCAGGAUUCAAUGGCAGCGGGCAUAUACAAACUGAACUUCAAAGUGGAGGAUUAUUUUAAAAAGAACGAUAAAGCAACAUUAUAUCCUUUUGUUGAGAUCGUGUUUACGGUGAGUGAGGGCGCGCACUACCACAUCCCCCUGCUGCUCAGCCCCUACGGCUACACCACCUACCGCGGCAGCUGAUCACUAAAACACCUAAACUUCUCAUAUUAAAAUUAUAUAUUUACAUUA